AAAACUCGGCCACAGACCUCAUUGUGUCGUCCCCCUUCGGACGAGGGGUUGCCAUGGAGUCGGGGGCAGGUUAUGUACAUUUAUGAGAUUUCACCUGGGCCUAGUUGGAGGAGCAAGGCAAGUUGCCUUGCCUUGGAACCAGAGGCCCGACCCAUGUGACGGGAGCCCUCCAGCUCGCCCUGUUUCUCUGCGGGACAUUAAUGUAUUCAGUACUGGAGGGGAGGCAUGGAAAAGACGUCAGUCUUCAAAGUUUUGACGGUAAUAUGCUAGGGACCAAGUUCUUGCCAAAGCAAUGCAGCUUCACAGGACUCUGCCCGUCUAAGACUUCCUUCAAUGAAAAUGCCAACAAUGUCUCCGUCUUUGAUCCUGAACUGGUCAUUGGCCACUGCUUCAAGCGGUUCAAGCAGAAGGACCUCCGCCUGCCUCAGAGCCGCCGGCGAAUCAUCAUGGUGCCUCGCAAGGAGGAUCAAAUACCCAUUAAUCCUGCACCCCAACCUCAGGCUCCUCCAAAGCCCAUCCCCAGCUUCAAAGCCCUGGAAGCUAGAGAUAUCCAAGAGCAGCCAGAGGAUAGGAAAACCUGGCUGAGCCAGAGGGCAAAGCUGCGGCAGGAGCUGGAGUCCUUUGGUGAUGUAAAGAGGUGGCUGGAGAACAAGCCCAGCAUCACGCCUUCGGAGGCCAAGGUCUUACACAUGAUCCCCAAGGAGCAGAGUGGAUCCCUGCCAGACGCCUCCCGGGUGACUACCAGGACCACCAAGAAGAAAGCCCCCUGGCUCUCCCACUGGAUGGUGCCCCAGCUUCAGCUGCCCAAGCCCCCUGCCCUGUCGGCCAUGUACUCUUACCUGCAUAAUCGCAAGAUCAAGAUCCUGGAGCUAUUUCACAAGGUGGGCCAAGGUGAGAACCAGAGAAUCACCAGGGAGGAGUUCAUCAUGGCUGUAAAGGCAGUUGGAGUCCCUCUGAAGAACCAGGAAGUGGAGGAUAUAGUGAUCUAUCUCAGCUCUCUUGGGAAGCACAACACCAUCACCAUGGAUAUCCUGGCCAAAACCUAUAAGCAGUGGUCUGUGGCUCAGCGAAGGAGCAGCCUGGCCACUGCAAGGGAGCGUCAUAUCUUGGCCAAGCACAAAGAUUCCCUGAAGGGUCUGCUCAAGAAGCAGGAGGUGAAUUCAGCCCCACAGCUUCCCAAGGUGGACCUGCUGACGGUGCCUGCAGUUGACACGCAGAUGGAGGCGCGGCCCAUGACCCUGGAGGAGAUGGAGGAAGUGGGCAAGCGAUACCGCGAGCGGCAGCGACAGCGCAAGCUCACAAUCCCCUCCAUCCAGUACACAGAGCAGUGCCGCAUGGUACGCUGUAGGAAUCAGCACUUUGACGAGCACUGCCUCCCAUCCACCAUCCACGGGGAUAUGGGGGAACUCAUUGACUCAGCCCACAGGCACAACUUUCUGGUCUACCUUCGAUGCUGGAAGCUCUGUGAGUCCUAUGGCAUCCCGCUGACGGAGGACAUCCUCAUGAAAGCCUUGCUGUACCCAGGAGACAAGAUCAUUUUCCAGAAGGAUGAGGUGCGCCCCAUCCGGCAGCCAGGAGGCUACUACUCUGAAUGGAAGGCCUUUUCUCCAAAUGUGGCUCUGCUCCAGUCCCAGGGCGCUGGCGAGUCUAAGAGUGACAAGCUGAGUUUCGGACCCCCUUUCUCCCUGCCCUGGCCUCCUGCCCCAUUGCUGUCCCUUCAGUGUGGGGGCUAGAGGCUGGCAUACCUGGGGUGCCAUGCCAUGCCCAUGUACGCAUCCUAGGGCAGCAUCCCCAACCUGACUGCUCACUGCAGACUGGCCAAUCCCAAGUCACCUUUGGCACAUGUCUCAGGAUCACGGCCUGCUGGCCUCAGCUCCCACACAGCUACCCUCCUGAACCCAGUCCUGUACAAUCACAAGGUUUCUGGAAAAGAUGAAAAGGAGGGUCUUCUUAGAGAACAGGGCUGGAGUAAGGGCCUUUGCAAAUCUCCAACUAGGGGUCAGGGCCCUGCAGAGAACAGGGGGGCAGCCCUUUCUUGGCCCUGCCACCUUGCCUCUGACACACCCCUUCUCUGGCAAGAGGUGAGCUUGCAGCUCCUGGGAGGAGAAAGGAACAUGUCCCUGGGCCCUGUCCCUAGCCCUUGCGGGAGACCAACCUGAGUCCUCUCUAAGAAAAUGGGCUCCUUUGGUACUCCAAAGCCUAAGCUUCCCAUAUUUGAGUCAAGCAGCAGGUGACAAACCGUGGGCAGCAUCAGUGGGUGACUACAGAGGAACAAGGCAGCAUCCCUGCAGAGGGAGGGGCCCAGCAUGGGAAGAGGAGAGCCCAGCUGGCCAGAUACCAUGAGGCAGGAGGGGCCUGGACCUGCCCCUGCCUCUAGACCCCUGUCAGCUGCCCACUGGGUGUGUGGCCAGAAUGCCUGCGGUGGGAUGCAGCAGGGCCUUGUAGAGAUCAGACAGCCCUCGGGUUAAAUGGAUAAAGCACUUCUCUGAGCCUCAGCAUCUUCGUGUAUAAAGGGCCUAGCAGCUCCUACCAUAGACUAACAGGAUCAGAUGAGAAAGAGUGUCAACAUCUUAGCAGUGACAGCACUCCAUCAAUGAUCGUCAUUAUUUUACCUCGCUCUGGUCAGGGUAGGCCUGACGCUGUUCUCAAGGUCAGGAAUAGGCCCAGGCCUGCAGGUGGGUCCCGGCCACAAAAUCGGCUGUGACUGCCUUGCAGCCCCGGGAUGACCCAGAAAGUGGCUGGCAAUCUAGGAAGGAGAUUUUGGUCCGUGCUUAGGUAGGCCAUAGCUAAUAAAGGGUAAAGAGAGGUCUCCUAGGUCAAGGAGAGACAUCGUCUAUUUAGGAUUAUGAAAGAUUCUGAGGCCAGAUGGAGGCUCGGCGGAAGAGUGUGGUGAAUGAUUAGUGAUGUCUGUCAGGCUCAGGGUUGUGAGGUGGUGUGGGAGGGGGUUAGAUUUCACCACCUUUGUCCUCAGGGCUGGGUUAAGCUCUGGAGUGGGGAGUGGGAGCCAGGGACCCCAAAAGGAUUCAGCAGUGACUUAGUGAACCUCUCUCAUAACUACCUGAGAGCUCUCUGUUCUCAGCCAUGAGAGAACAGAGUGUGAGAAAGGGGAAGUGACUUGCCCAGGUCACCCGGCCCGAUUCUGAGGCUAGGUCCGACUGCCCCAAGCCCACUGUGUUCCCCUGGAGCAUGGAAGCACGGAGUCAGGGCCCACCCCAGGUGAAAGGCGUUUUUCUUUCAGAGCUCUGCUUUGAGACUUAGAAAUGGGCCCACCCCUGCGGCCCUGACCUACUCCCUAAAGCCCCAAUGGCCUGGAUUUCCACUCUCCUCACAAAAUACCUCUUUCUCCUCCACUAGGAAAACGCCAAAGAAAAUCAAGAAAAUGCAGUUUAAGGAGUUUGAGGAAUUUACCA